CAUAAUUUCCAUUUUUCUUCUAACAAGUAUAGUUGUUUCUCUACUUUCCACUUUCUCCUACAUAUUAAUAUUCCAUUCUAUAAAUUUAUUUUUAUUUUUCUCUUCCAAUUAGUGUUUUAGAUCAGAGUACUAGUAUAGUUUUCUAUAUGAACGUAAAUAACAUUGAAAUGUGUUGAGGUUUGGUGAAUGCAUGCAAAUAAUGAAGCCACCAUUCUCACCUUCUUCCUCCAUCAUUCGAAACAAAGGUCGUUUCUCCACUUACCUUUUCACCCUUCUAGCUUUCAUCAUCUUUGUUACUAUUCUCUAUGGUGAAGAUUUCAUGUGCAUCUUUGGUCAACAACUUCAAAACUACUCUAACCAAGACAAAAUCUACUCCACAGCUGAGAGGGUGAAGAAGCAUGUGAAAGUGCCGUUUGCGGUGGGGAAAACAGAAGAAGGGUGUGAUAUAUUCAGUGGAAGAUGGGUUUGGGAUGAGGUGAGUCGACCGUUGUACGAGGAAUCGGAGUGUCCGUACAUACAACCACAGUUGACUUGUCAAGAACAUGGGAGGCCCGACAAAGAUUAUCAACAUUGGAGAUGGCAACCGCAUGGUUGCGAUCUUCCUAAAUUUAAUGCAAGCUUGAUGCUUGAAACACUUCGUGGAAAGAGGAUGAUGUUUGUUGGAGACUCUCUCAACCGUGGUCAAUAUGUUUCUUUUGUAUGCCUUCUCCAUCGACUCAUUCCUGAAGAUGCCAAAUCCAUGGAAACCUUUGAUUCACUCACUGUUUUCACAGCAAAAGAAUACAAUGCAACAAUUGAGUUCUAUUGGGCACCAUUUCUUCUAGAAUCAAACUCAGAUAAUGCUGUAACUCAUAGGAUAUCUGAUAGAGUUGUAAGAAAAGGCUCAAUCAAUAAGCAUGGUCGAAAUUGGAAAGGUGUUGAUAUUUUAGUAUUCAACACUUAUCUUUGGUGGAUGACCGGUUUGAAGAUGAAGAUCUUACUUGGAUCAUUUGAUGAUGAAGUACUAGAGAUUGUGACAACUUCAACAGAAGAUGCUUAUCGAAUGGCUAUGAAAAGUAUGCUUAGAUGGGUGAGAUUGAAUAUGGAUCCAAAGAAAACUAGAGUCUUCUUCACUAGCAUGUCGCCUUCUCAUGGAAAGAGUAUAGAUUGGGGAGGUGAACCAGGAGGAAACUGUUACAAUGAAACAAAAUUGAUUAGUAAUUCAACAUAUUGGGGUUCAGAUUGUAGAAAGAGUAUAAUGCAAGUAAUUGAUGAAGUGUUGAGCAAAACAAAAGUUCCAAUUACAUUUCUCAACAUCACACAGCUCUCAAAUUACAGAAGAGAUGCACACACUUCAAUAUACAAGAAGCAAUGGAGCCCUUUAACUCAAGAGCAAUUAGAUAAUCCUGUAAGCUAUGCUGAUUGUGUUCAUUGGUGUUUACCUGGUCUUCAAGAUAAUUGGAAUGAACUUUUGUUUGCCAAGUUGUUUUAUCCUUGAGAAUCAAAGUGUUUCAAAUGUACAAGAGAUUGUUUUUUGUUCUCAAUUGGGUCAUGGAUUAUUGGGUGUGACAUGUUCAGUGUUAGUAAUUGUUCAAAGAAAGAAAAGAAAAUAUAUGAAAAAAUUUGGUUGAUCGAA